GAGAGGCAUAUGCAUGUGUGAGAGUGUGUGCAUCCACCUGCUGCUAUAAAUACUCGUGCUGUGCUAGUGUUGGUUGGAGUGUCUUGGAGAGGUGAGUGAGUGAGUGAGAGUACUGUGUGCUCGAGCUGCUGUUAGCUCAUGGAAGGUGAGGUGCCAAUGGAGGUGGCAGCAGCUGGGAGAGAGGAGGGUGGUGGCGAGGUGGCAAUGGCAAUGGCGCCGGAGAAGGCGGCGGCGGGGCGGAGGAGGGGGUGCAUCCGGUCGACGCGGGGGCCGUGGACGGUGCGGCGGCGUGGGCGGGGCGGCUCGGUGACGACGUCGCUGCGGCACCCGACGCCGCGGGAGCGGGAGAACAACCGGCAGCGGGAGCGGCGGCGGCGGCAGGUGGCGACGAGGAUCUACGCCGGCCUGCGCGCCAGCGCCGGGUACGCGCUGCCGAAGCACGCCGACCAGAACGACGUGCUCCGGGCGCUCUGCGCCGAGGCCGGCUACCUCGUCGACGACGACGGCAAUGUCUCGCGCCGCCACGAGGUGGUCACUUCUACUCCCUUAGCUUCUGCCGGCGGCGGUGUCAGCUCCGAUCAGCUGCAGGUCUCAUCCUACAGUGGAGCAACAGAGGCAGCCAUGGCCAGCAUCCAGCAUCAGCAGCAAGAGCAAGAGAUAUCACUCGAGCUGACCCUCUCAUUCACCUACAUGUAGCUAGAUUGACUAGAUCAUCAAUAAUUAAUCCCCCUGCUUAAUCUAAUCAAACUAAUAACUAGCAUGCAAGCUUGACUGAAACUGUCAAACAAGACUGCUA